AAAAAAAAAAAAAAAAAAGCAAGUUGGGGAGGAAAAGAUUUAUUUAGCUUACACUUCAAUAUUGCUAUUUAUCAAAGAAAGUCAGGGCAGGAGCUGAUGCAGAGGCCAUGGAGGGGAGCUGUUUACUGGCCUGCUCCACAUAGCAUGUUCAGCCUGAUUUCUUAUAGAAUCCAGGACCACUAGCCUGGUAAUGAGCCUCCUCACAACAGACUGGGCCCUCCCCCAUCAAUCACUAAUGAAGGAAAUGCCUUACAGCUAGACCUUAUGGGACAUUUUCUCAGUUGAGGCUCCCUCCUUUCAGAUAACUCCAGCUUGUGUGUCCAGUUUCCAUAAGACCAGCCAGCACAGCCACCACGUAAGUGCUAGGAACUGAACCUAGGUCUUUCGGGAAGAGCAGCCAGUACUCUUAACCACUGGGCCGUCUCUCUAGCUUCUGUAUUGCUAUUCUUUAAAAGGAUAGUCUAAGAGCAUUACACACUCCAAGGAGAUUUAUUUAGUCUAUGAUCUAAUGUCCCCAAUUAUACUCAAAGUACUAAGUCAGGAAUUGAUGAACACCUAUAUUCCAGUUACUUAACUGAGACAGAAAUGUUUGAGCCCAGAGGUUCAAGGUCGACCUAGACAAUUACUCUCUCUCUCUCUUUGCUUAUUUUUGUUUUAUUUUGUUUUUUGAAACAGGGUUUCUCUGUGUAACCUUGGCUGUCCUGGGCCUAGCUCUGAAGACCAGGCUGGCCUGUAACUCACAUAGUCUGUCUGUCUCUGCCUCUCAAGUGCUGGGAUUAAAGGCGUGCACCACUGCCACCACCACCUAGCCUUUUUUCUUUCCUUUUUAUAUAUUUCUUUUAUAUAUUUAUAAACAGAUUCUUCGAGACUGGCCUCAAACUUUUAGCAACUCUCCUGCUGCAUCAUCCCAAAGCACUGAAUUACACGCUUGUACCACCUAUCCAGAUGUUUUAUGACUUUGGUUUGUUUUCUGAGAGAAGGUCUCACUAUGUAGCACAGGCUGUUUUCUAAUGAUUCUGCCUCAGCAUCCCUAGGCUGAGGAAUUCAGGCAUGCACCACCACACUCAAUGCAGCUGUUUCCAUCCCAUAAUCUAGGGAAGAAACCCUAUCCUGGCCAGAUGUAGGCUUCCUGCUCUAGCCAUGUGAUUCUCAUCUCCCUGAGGGGAGGGGGAUAGGGUAGGGCGGGUCUGGAGAGCUAGGAUACAUCAUUCUGGCCUUUACACCCCUCCCUUCUCUGUCUAUUGGGAGGCAGAAGACAGGAAAUGACUGCCAUGAAUGUGGUAGGAUUUUCACUAAAACAGGAUUUUCUAAUUCAGGCCCCAUACCAUCCACAGAUGUUUUCCUGUCUGAUACCAGCCAGGUGCCCUCCCUCCUCCCUCUGAUAAUUCUCUUCCCAUCCCUUCACAUGACUGCAGCCUGUGGAUUCUCCGUUCCUGGCUGCUUUCCACAAUUCAUUCCUGUCAGAACCCAGGCAUCCUGGCCUUCAGCUGAAAGCGCUGCGUGUGGCUUCCCCUAUCCCUGGCCCCGUGACUCAGUCCCUCUGAGGGAACCAGCCCUCUUCUUGGCACUCGGGGGCUAGGUGGUGACAUCAGAGUUGAGGGGUAUAAAAGUCCUCAGCCAAAAUAGAAUUGAAGACACAACCUGAGAGUGGCCUGUGACAGGGACCUCUCCGCCUGAUACCCACGGAUGUCUGGAGGCAGAUUCUCACCGUGUCAAGGCCUACCCACUGACUCCAUGCUGGGCUCUCUUUCCCUUCUGUGGCUUGUGGCCAUGACCACCUCCUUGGUUUCUAAAGCUCAGAUCUUGACCCCCCAAGACUAUGAGGAAGAGGACGAUGAGGCGGUGACCAUACCUUCUCUGGCUGUCCCUUGCGACUAUGACCGUUGCCGCCACCUGCAGGUGUCCUGCAAGGAGCUGCAGAAGGUUGGGCCAGUAGCCUGCAUGUGCCCAGGGCUCUCCAGGGAAGAUCAGCAGCCAGACCCUCCGCGGCUGGGAGAAGUGCAAAUUGUCGCUGAGGAAGGCUGUGCGGUUGUCCACUGGUGUGCUCCCUUCUCUCCGGUCAAUCACUACUGGCUUCUGUUUUGGGAAAGCAACGGGGCUCCACAAAGGAGUGGCCCCUUCAAUGCAACAGUUCGAAGAGCAGAGCUGAAGGGACUGAAGUCUGGGGGUAUUUACAUCCUUUGUGUGGUGGCUGCUAAUGACGCUGGUGAGAGCCAUGUUCCUGAAGCAGAUGUUGAGGGUCCUGAGAACUGGGCUGGCUCUUCCUUUGGGCCUUGUCGAAAGCUUAUCAUGCCGCCUAGACCUGUCAUCCUGGUCCAUGCAGCUAUGGGAGUGGGCACGGCUUUGGCUCUGCUGAGCUGUGCCGCCCUGGUUUGGCAUUUCUGCCUUCGUGAGCAGUGGGGUUGCCCCCCGCGGCAAGGUACCGCCCAAGCUUCAGAAGCUCUCUGAUAGGAGUCCUACCGACUGGAAACAAGUCUGGUGCAUUCCAGCCACAUCUGGAGAGCCCAACCCACUCCCAGGAGUGUGGGGCCUGCUGCCACCUGGCACCAGCUGCACGGCCAAGUCAGAGCAGAAGCCCAGGCCAUUGGCCUCGGACUGAGAGCUUGUUUAGUCCCAAAAUAACCGGUCACUAUGUUCUCUGGGCUCUAGGAGUAGUAGCAAUUAUUCCUUGGGGGUCAGAUGUAAAUGAUUUAAGCUUUAUGGGCUGGAGGGGGUAAAAUUGCAGACAUUACAUAGGUACUUAUAUAUAGCCAGUUAAAAUCGAGCUGUUUAAGGCCCUGCAUGGUGGUCUACAAUUCUAAUCUGCAGCACUGACCCUGUCUCUAAAAUAAAAUAAAACAAAAGCAAAAACUAACAAAAGUAUGGGGGCGGUGAGGGAGAAAGAUGGUUCAGUAGUUAAGAGCACUGGCUACUUUUCCAGAGGACCAGAGUUUUAUUCCCAGCAUUCACAUGGCAGCUCACAACGAUCUAUAACUCCGUUUCCACGGGAUCCAAUGUCUCCUCCUGACCUCUGCCAGCAGUAGGCACUCACACACAUGCAUAUAUAUACAUGCAGGCAAAACACUCAUACACAUAAAAUAAAAAUAAAUUUAAUAAUGUAAACUGUCCAUAGCUCAUAGGUCUUCAAUGGCAAGGGGCAGGCCAGGUUCAGCCUAUUGGGUGGGGUGUGCCAACACAAGCUAUACAUUCUCACAAGUCCUCUGCAGCGGUGUGUGGCUUCCACAUAGAUUCUGAGAAUAAGCUUCUGGGGGGCAGGAGUUGAAGUUGGAGCUAUGCCCUUCUCCUCCCUACCUUUCUUUUGUUACUAAGGAUGAGCCUGCUCAGAGUCCAACUGUGUCUGGGGAAACUGAGGAUUAAGGAUCACCAUGAACUGGAGGAGACAGAGGGCCCAAGCUGCAGUCUACACAAGUUAGUGGGGGUUUUUUUUUGUUUGUUUGUUUUUUGUUUUUUCCUUUGAGACAGGGUUUCUCUGUGUAGUUUUGGUGCCUGUCCUGGAUCUCGAUCUGUAGCCCAGGCUGGCCUCAAACUCACAGAGAUCCACCUGGCUCUGCCUCCCAUGCGCUGGGAUUAAAGGUGUGCGCCACCACUGCCCGACUUCAAGUUAGUGUUUUUGUUAGUUAUUAGCAGUUUAUACCAAUGACUCCCCCCAGGUUUGUGUAAUUGUUUAUCCACUGUAAUAACAUUAAAGGCAAAUUAAAAACAUUGUAUUUUGUUUUCAUGAUCCUCUUUAAUUCCAUAUAUAUAUGUAUAUAUAUGUAUGUAUAUAUAUAUAUAUAUAUAUGCCUAUUUUCAUCACUUCUUAGCCUUUUGACUAAGAUCAAGUGUAUGACUAUUUCUCAAAGUAAUAUGUAUACUUUCAGUUUGUGUUUGUUUGAGACAAGGUCUCACUGUGUAGCUCUUGCUGGCCUAGAACUCCCUAUAUAGACCCAGUGGGCUUGAAACUCACAGAGAUCUUCCUGCCUCUGCCUCCUGAGUGGAGGCACCACUAUACGGGCUGUUUGGAUGUUUGAUCAGACCUUGACCAGUCUGCUACUUUCCACACAGUCCACCGUGGCUUUGAAUUGUGGUAAUCCUCCUCCUUCAACCUUCUGAGGACGCAUGCAUAGCCAGCUUCAAAACGUAUUUACUAUUUCCAAUUUUCUAAGCUUUUAAAUUUUUUUGUAUGCAUGUUUGCAUGCCAUGGCAUCCAUGUGGAGGUCGGAGGACAACUUUCAGGGGUUGUCUCUGUACUGUCCCAUUCCUCCCUGGAAUGUGGGUUCCAGGGCUCAAGCGCAGGUUGUGAAGCUUGGCGGCAAGCUCCUUUCCCUGAUGAACCAUCUCGCCAGUCCCUGAAUUUAUUUUUUGUCCCCCCCCACCCCAUUUAUCUUUGAAAUUAUAUAGAUGUAGAAAAGUUUGUUACAAAGUGAGCUGGAGAGAUGGCUCGGCGAUUAAGAGCUUUGGCUGUUCUUCCAGAGGUCCUGAGUUCAAUUCCCAGCACCUACAUGCACCCACGUGGUAGCUCACAACCUUCUGGUGCCCUCUUCUGGCCUGCAGGUAUACAUGCAGACAGAGUACUCUACACAAAAUAAAUAAAUAAAUACAUCUUAAAAAAAAAAAAAAACCAGCCGGGCGGUGGUGGCUCACGCCUUUAAUCCCAGCACUCGGGAGGCAGAGGCAGGCGGAUCUCUGCGAGUUCGAGGCCAGCCUGGGCUACAGAGUGAGUUCCAGGAAAGGCGCAAAGCUACACAGAGAAACCCUGUCUCGAAAAACCUAAAAAAAAAAAAAAAAAAAAAAAAAAAAACCAAAUUGCUACACAGCAUAAACCUCAUUUUUACUAGUAUGAUAACUUUUGGAGGUGCUGGAAUUGCAUCGAGAGCCCUGGAAAUGGUAGGCAUGCAUUCUACACCUGAGCUAUCUAGCUAUAUUCCCAGCAAGGUCAUGGAAUUAGUGUCCAUGUGUACACUGUUCCAGGACAGUAGCUAUGCUGAACUGAAUUAUUCUAGCCUCAGAACAAAGUUGUUAUUACCCAAGGUCUCAAAAUUGAUUUGGGAACCUAAGAAAAAAUUAAAAGCCCCACCCAAACCAGAUGUGGUGGUAUGAAUUUUUAAUCUCAGCACUCUACAGGCAGAGGCAAUAGGAUCUCUGUGAGUUCCAGACCGAUUGGGGCUGCACAAGGAGUUCCAGGCCAGGCACGGGGGCACAGUGAGGCUCUGUCACAAGAAUGCGUUACUUAUUCUUGCUCGGUUUUUUGGGUUAUUACUUUUUUUUAAGUAAUUCUCAUUAAAACUAUCAUUGUUCAAGCUGGGCGGUGGUGGCUCACACCUUUAAUCCCAGAUCAGAUCGGGAGGCAGAGGCAGGCGGAUCUCUGUGAGUUCGAGACCAGCCUCAUCUGCAGAGUGAGUUCCAGGACAGCCAGAGCUACACAAAGAAACCCUGUCUCAAAGGAAAAAAAAACCCAAGGAGAAAGAGAAAAUAACUCUAUCAUCUUUAAUUAGAAAGAGUAUGCAUUCCCAGCUGAGUAUGCUGGAUUCACAGUUAAUUAAGAAAAACUUUCACUGUUAUGAGUUAUAUAUGGAAGGAAGGCUGGGGGCUAAUUGAUUAAAUUACAAAAUCCUUCAACAACAGCUUCUGGUUAGUGCUUAAAUAUGGCAAUCAAAUCGUUUUUGCUUUUUAAAUUAUUUGUUCAUUUAAUAUGAAUGGAUAUUUUGCCUGCAUGUAUGUCUGUGAGUCAUGUGGGUUCUUAGAUCCAGAGGAGGCCAGAAGACGACAUUGGAUACCCUAGGACUACAGUUACAGGUAGUCAGGAGCUGCCGUGGGGGUGCUGGGAAUUGAACCCUGGUCCUCUGGAACAGCAGCCAGUGUCCCUAACUACUGAGCCAUUUUUCCAACCCUUCUUUUCUGUUUUGUUUUUUUCCAGAGUUUCUCUGUGUAGCCCUGACUGUCCUGGAACUUGUUCGGUAGCCCAGGCUGGCCUUGAACUCACAGAGAUCCUCCUGCCUCUGCCUCCCAAGUGCUGGGAUUAAAGUUGUGUGCCACCACCACCCAGCUUCUCCAGCCCAUCUUAUCUUAAUGCUUAUCUGGGUGAAAACAAUUAUUUUAUGUAUUUUGAAACUUCAAAUUCUCUUAGUCAGCAAGUGUACUAUGUUCCACAUGAGCUCAUGCUCUCUCUUAGAGGGUGGCUGUUAACAUUCAGGCAUCUGUACUGGCCUGCCCUUUGGGUCCUGACAGGAUAUACCUCAGCUGCAGCCACUAAGAGCACCCCCUGUGUGCCUUUGCUAGGUUUUCUUAUAAAAGGCGGGCCUUGCCCACCUCCCAUCUCUUUGUCCGAGGGACCGAGCUCUGCUCCCCUUCUCUCCCCUCCCCUCAAUAAACCUCCCAUGUGAGCCCUGUAGUAUGGUGUGAUUCCUUCCUCCCACUGUUUUUAAAAUAAAGCAGUGCCAGCUUACUCCAUAGUUGUACAACUAUACGUGGUCGUAUAAGGCUCACGCUGGAUUUGACCAGCAUAUGGUAUUUUCCUAGUUUUGAGAAAAUCUGUUUCUUUUAAAAGAGCAUAAUUUAUUUAUUUUUUUAAGAUGUAUUUAUUAUGUAUACAGCAUGUAUGACUGCAUGCCAGAAGAGGGCACCAGAUCUCAUUACAGAUGGCUGUGAGCCACCAAGUGGUUGCUGGGAAUUGAACUCAGGACCUCUGGAAGAGCAGCCAGUGCUUAAAAGAGCAUAAUUUAUAAUUGAUUUGUAUUAUUAUUAGUUUACUUUAUUUUAUUUUUGGUUAUUUGAGAUAGGUUCUCUCUACAUAGCCCUGUCUGUCCUGGAACAUGAGGCUGGCCUCAAACUCAGAGAUCUGCCUGCCUCUGCCUCUGAAAUGCUGAGAUUAAAGUCCUGUGCCACCAUGCCUGGCCCAAUGUAAGUGAUUUUUAAAUAAUGUGAAGUUUAAUAUAUAGAUGACCAAAACCCUUUUAAUGAACAAUGUUUUGUAAUUUGGAGAGUUACUUUGUGAUAUUCUCAGUAAAUGUAAUAAAGGUUUCAGCAAAUUCUGAAAAUAAAUAAAUAAAAUAAAAUGGGGCUGGAGAAAUGGCUCAGCAGCCUAGAGAUCUUGUUCUUGUGGAGGACAAGAGUUCAAGUCUCAGCACUAACAGGGCAGUCAAGCGCCUUCUGUAACUCCAGUUCCAGGGGCUCCAUCACCCUCUUCAGGCCUUCCUGGCGAUGCACACAUGGUGAACAGACACACAGUCAAGCACAACACCCACGCCAGUAAAAUAAACAGAAAUCUAAGCUGGGUGUGGUGGUAUACGCCUUCAAUCUCAGCACCCAGGGGGCAGAGGUGGGGAGAUUUCUGUGAGUUCAUGAGUUCAAGUCUGAUCAACAUAAUGAGAUCCAGGACAGCUAGGGCUGUGUAAAGAAACCCUGUCUCAAAACAAACAACAACAACAAAACCACCCAUAAACAUAAAAUAUAAAAAUAAAUCAGGCCAGGCAGUAGUGGCCCAUGCCUUUAAUCCCAGCACUUGGGAGCCAGAGGCAGGCAGAUCUCUGUGAGUCUGAGACCAGCCUGGUCUACAUAGUGAAUUCCAGGACAGGCAAGGCUACACAAAGAAACUUUCUAGAACCCCCUCCCACCUGCUGUAAAAAUAAAUGAAUAAAGUCUGCAGAGAUGGC